GUAUGCAUUCCUUGUCUGCUCUUAUCCAAGGCUUAAAGGAAAAAAUUAAAGAAGAAAAAAAAAAAACCCAAUAAAAACACCCCACGUGCAAGUAAGGGCAAACAAGAAGCAAAGGAGAUAACAAACUUCAAACUUGGGUAGGAUAAACUGUACCCAUAAAAACUUGGGUGAGACAAAUAAAUAAAACAAAACAUAAAAAAGCUUCUUUCCCCUUCACCAAAGAAAAACAUCACGCAAAACACAAGAUUCGUUUUUUUUUUUUCCUUCUUUUUGUCUUCGCUGUUUUGCAUAAUUUCAUUUCAUGCAAAAUGUAAUCUUUGUCUAACUGACAGACUGACCCAUUUGUCCAAUCAUUUUUCUUUGCUUAAUGGUUUUUUUUCCUAGCCGACUCUAUGGGGGCUCAGAAGAGCAUCCAUGCAGGCAAAGCCAAAAUUGAUGUUAAUGUUGAUUUCACCCACAAGAUAUGUGCUUCCAUGAUGAUUCCUUCUUCAAGGAACAGUGGUAGUCCUCUUUCCCUAGUAAUUGGCAGUCUUUGCAUUAAACACCCAAAUUUAUUUGGUGGAAGUGAGAAGCUUGAUGUAUCGUGGGAUAAGGGGUUAUAUGAUUCAAAUAUUUUGGUAGCUUAUCGGAGGCCUCGACCCCAAUGGGUUGCUCAACAAUGUUUUGUCAUGCAGCACUCACUUUCACCUGAGAUUGGAGUCCAUGGUAUACCUGUGGACAAUUUCUCUCGUUCAGGGAGUGGAGGUGUGAAUUUGUCUCGAUUAUCAGUUGGAUUGGAUCUAAAUGAACCUGCAAGUUCUAAAUGGAGCAGCACAACAAGUAUAAAAUUUGAGAAUGUUCGCCUGUUGAGUGAUGAUGGCCGCUCCAUUACCAGAGAUCUUGACGGAUUUCCUGUCACCUGCAGUGGCAAUGCUCAUGACAGUAUGGUAGUCUUAAAGCAAGAAUCUCGAUAUGCGAAGGCAAAUGAUCGCAGCUUUUCUCGUUUUGCUAUGCAAAUAGAACAAGGAAUUCCAGUUCUAUCCAAGUGGUUAAUCUUCAAUCGAUUCAAAUUUGUUGCAUCAAAGGGCAUCAAACUUGGACCAGCAUUUCUCUUGACAAGCAUGACAGGUGGUUCCAUUGUAGGAGAUAUGGCUCCAUAUCAAGCAUUUGCAAUUGGUGGUCUGGGUAGCGUGCGAGGCUAUGGUGAAGGUGCUGUUGGAUGUGGAAGAUCAUGCUUGGUUGCUAAUACUGAACUGACAUUUCCUUUGAGCAAGAUGUUGGAAGGUUCUGUUUUCCUGGACUGUGGAACUGAUUUGGGCUCUGGUCGGCUUGUACCUGGAAAUCCAGCAUUGAGACAGGGCAAACCAGGAUCUGGAGUUGGACUUGGAUACGGUCUUCGCUUCAAGUCUCCACUUGGUCAUUUCCAGUUUGAUUAUGCCAUCAAUGCCUUUCAACAGAAGACUCUAUACUUUGGCAUCACAAAUCUUGCUUCUUGAAUGUCUUAUCCAUACAAGCUGCCAAAUUCUUGCUCUUCCAAUUUCAUUGUUAUGGAAGAAGAUCAUUUCAAGGAGAAAAUGGGGAGAAGAAUGGAAAAGGGUUGGGUUAGGGACGGAGGAUGGUGCUGGGAUGCCUUUGAUGUCUAAAGGGUUGUGGGUGCUGCAGACUCUGGUAUAUUGACCGUCUUCAACAAGUGAUACGGUUGCCAUUUCAUGGAUAAAUUCUUAAAGCUGCAUGUAUCCAAGGUUUUUCCCUUUCUCUUGUGCAAGUAUUGUAUUUGCAAGAUUCUAGAGUAGAAACAUUCCAUGCAAUUUCUUUGGGAAACAUUUUAUACGUCAUCGAUUCUUAAAGUAGAGGGUUUCGAGGAAGAAACAAAGUACAGGCUUUAGAGGUUGAAGAUUUUUGUACAAAUACUUAUUCAAGUAGAAACGAGUCAAUUUAUGUGUAAGAGGGCUCACUUUCUUGUUGACAUUUCCCUUCAUAUCCUCACAUUGAUACUGUUAUUCAUUCUUAGAGUAGAAGUCACUUCAUCUAGAUUACCUUAAGAUACCAGAAUAUGUUAAGUUCUAAAAU